CUGUCUGAAAUCUCGUACACUCUCCAAACACUGCAAGACAAACUGCAAAAGUUAAUAGAAAAAUGGAUUCCACCCACCACCUCCUACGACACCCUUAUUUUAAAGUAACCACCACUGCAGCAUUCACUAUAAACACGGCUCACAUCGUCUCAGUGAUUAUCUCUUCAGAUCUCUUGUUGACACUUAUUUUUCACUGCCUUCUUUGCUUCUUCACGUACGGCACAUCAAUCUGGUGCGAUGGCUUCCUUGGAGGUUGAAAGUGGAAGUGGUAUCAAGGUUCACGUGUUUUCAUCAUCCUCAGAGUUGCUUGAAAGCCUGCAUGAGAAGUGGGGUUCAGUGAAAAAGCAACCAUACCCAGCAAUGUAUUCCAGUGUAUAUGGCGGAAUUAUUCUCGAUCCAGCAAUGAUGGUAAUACCCAUAGAUGAUCACAUGGUUCAUAGAGGGCAUGGUGUGUUUGAUACGGCUAUCAUUCUUGAUGGGCAUCUGUAUGAGCUGGAUGUUCAUUUAGACCGCUUUUUAAGAUCAGCAUCAAAAGCAAGGAUAGCCUCUCCCUUCCCUUGUUCAACUCUUCGAAGCAUUCUUAUUCAAUUGGCUGCGGCAUCUAAAUGCAAGAAAGGAACUCUAAGAUACUGGCUAAGUGCAGGUCCUGGAAACUUCUUACUCUCGCCUGCAGGUUGUCCAACUUCUGCAUUCUAUGCUGUAGUCAUUGAUGAGGACUUCUCUCAGCGCAAAGAAGGGGUUAAAGUGAUAACAUCCACAAUCCCUAUGAAGUCACCUAUGUUUGCAACAAUGAAGAAUGUGAACUACCUCCCGAAUGUGCUAUCAGUAAUGGAAGCUGAAGAUCAGGGAGCAUUUGCCUCCAUCUGGAUUGAUGAGGAAGGCUAUAUUGCAGAGGGUCCAAAUGUGAAUGUGGCUUUCAUAAGUCAAGAUAAGGAGCUUAUCUUGCCUAUUUUCGACAAAAUCCUGAGCGGACGCACUGCAUUGAGGCUUCUUCAGCUAGCGCCUAAAUUGAUCGAGCAAGGGCGAUUAAAAAGUGUUAAAACUGGAAAUCUUACUGUGGAGGAAGCCAAAGGGGCUGCUGAAAUGAUGUAUGUCGGAAGCACACUUCCUAUAUUGCCAAUUGUCAUGUGGGAUGAGCAACCUAUAGGAGACGGGAAGGUGGGAGAGCUGACAAUGGCACUCUCUGAUCUUCUUUGGGAUGACAUGGUUGCUGGCCCUGCCACCCUGAGGAUUCCUGUUCCUUACGAGGAGUGAACCUCAUACAGAUCAAUCAGUGAGGCCGGAGAAAGGAUUUAAGAUUCUUGGCUCUCAUUGCUUAUAGUCGCAUGGCUCAGAAAUUGCUUGCUUUGUUUAAUCAUGGUUCAUGUUAUGUUGAAUAAAAUUUUCAAGUUUGCUUCGUC